ACACUAUGUAUAUAGAAUUAUAAAAAACACACACUGACACACACACACACACACUAUGUAUAUAGAAUCAUAAAGCGAGAGAGAUUACACUAGAAACACAUUGCAACAGCAGUACAGCACCACCACCUACAGUGCCUGAAAUGACGGUGUUUGGCCACGCAAGCGGCGGCGGCAAGCAAGUAGUUCCGUUCGACUACGAAGCCGAGGUUUCGCAACGCCUCCUCGAAUCAGCUCAAUCUAGCCACAAUGCCUCUGCGUUUGAUUGUAUCGCCGAUCCGUCGGUAGAUGUUAAUUACGUCGGCGCUGUGUGGCUCAAUGUUCGAAAAGCUGAGAUGAUUUGUCGCGAUGAAUCGCCGAUUGAGAUUCGGUUCGAGUCGGAGAAGUUUAAGACGGACGUCACGCCGUUGUUCCUCGCCGUUCAUAACGGAAAUGUAGCUCUUGUCAAGAGACUUCUGAGUUCUGGGGCCGAUGUAAAUCAGAAACUAUUCAGGGGCUUUUCGACAACAGCAGCAGUAAGAGAGGGUCACCUUAAGAUUUUGGAGAUCCUACUUAAAUCUGGGGCAUGCCAACUGGCUUGUGAGGAGGCUCUCUUAGAGGCUAGCUGCUAUGGACAUGCAACAUCCACAGCACUGCUUAUGGGGUCUGAUCUAAUUCGGCCCCACAUUGCCCAACAUGCUCUUGUCAAUGCAUGCAGCAGAGGAUUUGUGAAUGUCGUCGAUACUCUCAUUAAGAAUGGUGUGGAUGCUAACACAACCAGUCGUGUGUUGCUCAGAUCAUCGAAACCGUGUUUGCAUGCAAAUAUUGAUUGCACGGCUCUUGUAGCUGCUAUUGUUAGUAGGCAGGUCUCUGUUGUAGAUCUGUUGCUACAGGCUGGCGCAAACACAGAUAUUGAAGUACGAUUAGGAGCAUGGUCAUGGGAUAUGUGUACAGGUGAAGAGAUCAGGGUGGGUGCAGGACUUGCUGAUCCCUAUCCCAUCAGCUGGUUGGCGGUGGAGUUUUUUGAAACUAGUGGGACAAUCUUGCGCAUGCUGCUCCAACACCUACCCCUUAACACCCGCCACCUUGGAAGAAGUCUCCUCCACCAUUCCAUUCUCUGUGGAAACACAGGAGCUGCCAAGUUUAUUUUAGAUGCCGGUGCUCACAUAGAAGCCCCGAUUGAAACAUUUGAGAAGGCCGAUUUACGCCCAGUGCACUUAGCUUCUCGUGUUGGAUCAUCAACUAUUCUUCAGCACAUCAUUGACUCUGGCUGUGAUCUUAAUGCACCAACAGAUGAUGGAGACACUGCUCUGAUUAUAUGUGUUAGAUAUAAGCAGGAAGACUGUCUUCGUGUUUUGGCAAAAGCCGGUGCUGAUUUUGGGUUGGUUAAUCUAGCUGGCGUAUCUGCAAGUUCAUUAGCUGGAUCAAAUCAAUGGUACUGUGGUCUCCAACGAGCUCUUCUAGAUACAGUGAAGGCUGGAAGGGUUCUCAGGUCGUGCAAAGCUUAUGUGUUUUCACCUAUCUUGUUUGUAGCUCGGUCUGGUGAUGUACAAGCAUUGAGAGCUGUUUUUGAACAUGGAGAGAUUAAUUUAGAUGAACAGGAUGAAAAAGGUUUUUCAGCAGUCAUGAUUACUGCAAUGGAAGGUCAUGUUGAAGCCUUUCGUUUACUUGUUUAUGCCGGGGCAGAUGUAAAGCUUAGCAAUAAAUCUGGUGAAACAGCAAUUACACUUUCAAAGUUGAGUCCCAACUAUGAUCUAUUGGAGAAGGUAAUGCUUGAAUUUACCCUCGAGAGAGGCAAUCGCAGUGGCGGAUAUUUUUAUGCUUUACAUUAUGCAGCUCGCCAGGGAGACUUAAAUGCAGUUAACUUGUUGGUAGGUAGAGGUUACAAUGUAAAUGAUUUUGAUGGGGAUGGAUACACACCUCUAAUGUGGGCAGCAAGAGAAGGCCAUACAGAUAUGUGUGAACUUUUGAUUUACCACGGAGCACAUUGUAAUUCUAAGAAUGCAAAAGAUGAGACAGCACUUUCACUUGCGAGAAAGGCUGGUUUUACACGACAUGAUGUGGAACGAGUGAUACUUGACGAGAUUUCUCGCAAGCUGGUCUUGACCGGUGCCAAUGUUUGGAAACACACCAAAGAAGGAAGAGGAGCUCCACAUAAGAAAGUCAUCAAAAUGAUGGAGCCUGAAGGACUAUUGAGGUGGGGCAAUUCGAAGUGCAGAAACGUUCGAUGCCAAGACGCGGAAGUGGGAUCAAGCAAUAAAUUUCAAAGGCUAAGGCAGAGCAAGGGUGAUUCUGAUAGACCUGGAUUGUUUAAGGUCAUAACAGUGAAGAACAAGGAAAUACAUUUUUUGUGUGAAGGUGGACUUGAGAUGGCUGAGUUAUGGGUGAGGGGAAUUAAGCUUGUUACCAAGGAAAGUUUAUCUUGCCACUAGUGAAUUUAGAUAUGAAAGCAAUUUCAAUCAGCUUUCUAGAGUUUAUGUACAAAUGCAAAUGUUCACACGGUACUUCAUCUCAAGUACCACGUUUUUUUCUUUCGAAUGCUCUGAAACAACUAUCCUGUAGUAAACUUUUAAUAAUUGAAAUCUUUAAAGUAUCAACAUUUGUUUCGUCGA